GUUUCUAUGCAUGCUGUAGGUAAUGUGCCCUUCCCUGGGGGAAAGGUGCUCUCUUCUGGUGUGGGAUUAGAGUCAGAUUUCCAGAGGAACUUACUAGCGUGUCGGCUUUUCCGCCGUCAACGAUCCGGAAAAAGAGGGUUCCACUGUGUCCCAGAAUCAUAUUGACCUACUGCAGUGUUUUUUUCCCCCAGAAAAGUCUGGUGAUCAAACGGGCUGCCUAGAGAGUAAUUCGGGUGAAUUAAAACCCCCUGUUGAAUUACUAGACCCUGUUAAAUGGCAUUCAGUAAUCAGCGUUCGGCUUGUCAGCCUUUGGGCCGGUGACCUUGGGUGUUUAUCGUCAUGGAAACGCAAGUCAGCUUUAAAGACAGCAUAGGAAUGCAGAGGGUCAGAAUUCUCAUCUGUGCGAAUUGCCGCCAAAGAAUGAGCUGCAUUAUUACUUUAAGGUAUUCAGGUAAAUUCUGCAGCAAAUGUCUUAAAGGUACCAUGCUGGGGUGCAACUGGUAUAUUUCUGUGUUAUUUUGGAUUAUAGAAAAAGCGAAACUUAGCCUAAAACCAGGACUAAAUGUAUGAAAACAUGACUUGGAAAAGGAAAAAGAUGUAAUUAAUGGUGACUUAUGUUUUAAUGUAGGACCACUAAUCUGAGGUCACAGUGGACUUUGGCUCCCAGGUCCUCUGGGGAUAUAUAUUCGCGUUCAGGGCCCAGCUAGAUGCUCAAUGCCAGUACAGUUUAGUGUGGAAGCUGGCCUUACUGAGGCUGCCAGUCUUUUCCGGGUAAAUUUGACACGGUCGGCAUCUGAACAGUAUCGAUAAUAACAUCACAGUUCAGGCUUUGCUUUCCAUAGUGCAGACAGUUGUUAUUAUCCAUUGUGGAUCUGCUGUACAGCCUGUAACAAAUACAGUCUAUACACUCAUAUAUUAACUUUAUCCAUUUAGCAGAAGCUUUUAUCCAAAGCAUUUAAGGGAGCAGUUGGGGUAAAGGGCCUUGCUCAGGGGCUCAACAGUGACAUCACUCUGCCAGCCGGGGAUUUGAACCAACAACCUGCUGAUCAGACUGUUAACCCACAGAGCCGCAUCACCAUCUCUAAUCACCAUAACAGCAUUGGUCCCUCUGCAAUGGCAUAUUUUUUAUCAUUCUGGGUACCAGAAUAACUACAUUUUCCCAACCCAGAACUCCAGUAGGUACCAGUAGGGUUACAAUUUUCCAGCGCAGUGCUCAUAUUAGGACCAAUAUUACUGGGAACCAGCUAAAUCACAGUUCCUGACCACAGUAUUCCAGGGGACACCAAAGACAAAGUGAGAGGUCACCAACAGGGAGCUUGGGGACACCAGCAGAAUCCCUCCUCCUGAGGUUGAGAAGACAGCAGAAGGUAAUCUGAGGACAGCCUCUCUAGAGCAGAGCGCCCCCCCAAGUAGGAAGCAGCGCUUCGCAAAUGGGGGCAGCUUCGUGGAUGCCAAGCCCCCCCACAGCAUCCCCUGCAGGAGACACACGCUAGGCGGGCGUGGCCCCCAGGAGCAGGCUGCCUUGAAGCCCCCCCACAUGGAGCGUAAGCGAGAGGCCUUCCUGGAGCACCUGAAGCAGAAGUACCCCCACCACGCCUCCACCAUCAUGGGCCAUCAGGACCGUCUCCAGGACCAGAACAGGAUCGCCCAGCCCACAGCCGGAGAGCCAGGGAGCCAGCUGUGUGCCGGCUCCUUCGACUCGCUGGACGCCAUGUCCGAGGGAGGGGAACCUCCCCAGGCCUUCACCCGGGGCAGCCGCUCCCGCGCCAGCCUGCCCGUGGUGCGCUCCACUAACCAGACCAAGGACCGCUCGCUCGGCGUGCUGUACCUGCAGUACGGUGACGAGACCAAGCAGAUGCGCAUGCCGAACGAGAUCACUAGCGAGGACACCAUUCGGGCGCUGUUCGUCAGCGCCUUCCCACAGCACCUCAGCAUGGAGAUGCUGGAGUCCCCAGCUGUGGCCGUCUACGUCCGGGACGACGGCAGGAACGUGUACUACGAGAUGGAUGAUGUCAGGGUCAUCACGGACCACUCCUGGCUGAAGAUCUAUCACAGAGACCCAGGCCAGGUCUUCACUCACGGCUGCCGGCCCAGCAAUGGAGAUGCCAGGGUACAGCCCGUUGGCAGGGAGGGGCUUCAGGUUUUGAGACAGCAGUCCCUCCCCACUCCCAUCCCAGCUCACUCUGCGCACUCUUCCACCUCCACAUCAGUCACCCGCAUUCCUUUUGGACCCCGGAGCAACACCGCCCCAGUUCUCCCCAGGGACCGUGUCCCUAGCACCCCCCCGGCCCUGCCAGUACAGCCGUGCCCCAGUGCCAUCCUGGAACGGAGGGACGUCAAGCCGGACGAGGAAUCUGAGACCACACUGAGCACUGUACCUGAGGGGGUGGAGCACCCAAACUGCCACCACCACCGGCCCCUUGCUGGAGGCUCUUUCCUAGGCCAAGCCGUGGUCCCCGAAGCUGCUGAACACCCGUGCCUAUACAGGCAGAGGUCCAGAAGGUAUGCCGACAGUCAGCUGCCAUCACUGGGGUCCAGGACACCCCCUGCAUCCCCUCACAAGGCUGGAGACGUGAGACGGCUAGAGCUCCACCAGCCCCAUCAGGUGGGGGCAUUGGAGAGAGCUGCCCCAAGUCGUCAGUCCCUCAGGAGGGACAGUUCCAUGGAAGGGGGGGUCAAGUCACGAACUGGCAUGGUUGCAGCUCCGAACUGUGAUCACUCCGUGGCAACAGUUGGAGAUCCUCAGACCAGGGAGCGGAUGAAAGCCAUGGAGCAGCAGAUUGCCAGUCUAACCGGCCUGGUCCAGCAUGCACUUCUGAUUGGGCCCAGUCCUGGUACCGCCAAAGAGAUCAACGGCGAGAAGCCUUCAAAGAUGGCGUCUGAUGUUCCCAGUGCGGACGGUGGAGGUGGAUCACCUAUCUCUGUGACUGGGAGCCAAGGCCCCCUGGCUGAUGCCCAGGCCACGCCCACCUGUCCCACCCACCUGCGUGCCAGCCUGGCUGUCUUCAGCAAGAGUGUCUCAGAUCUGCGGCUGCAGCUGCAGGAUAUGCGGCGACUGCAGCUUCAGAACCUGGAAUCCUUGAAGCUGAUGCUCAGGCAUGCAGAGCAGGAGAUCAGCCACAAGAUGGCGAUGGUGACCAGGCUUCCAGAUGAGCCCGUGCAAAGGCAGAGGGUGCUCGUGGAGGAUGAGAGACACAGAUACCUAGAUGUAGAAGAGAGUAUCCAGCUACAGCUGGGGGAGCUGGACCAAUAUGUGGGCAAGCUGAAGCGGGACCCCACCACCGGUUCUGCUCAACAGCCAAUCACGCUCCGGGACCUCGAUGACACCGCUGCCCGACUGCAAAGAGUGGCCGAUGCCCUGAAGGUGCUUCAAGGUGAGUUCCCAGCACUUCAGGGCAGGAUGCGAGCAGUGCUGCGGGUGGAGGUGGAGGCAGUGCGCUUUCUGAAGGAGGAGCCUCACAAGCUAGAUAGCAUGCUUAAGAAGGUCAGGAGACUAAGAGAGACAUUGGGCGACCUGAGGAGUCAUGUCUCAGGGAACCACCUUGAAGAGCCCAAAGUGGUUGGAGCCCAUCCAGUAGAUGUCACCAUGGGAAUCACAUCUGAACCACUCACAGAUCUCAAGCCACCUCUUCCAACAGUAGAGACCCUGGAGCUGACACCACCAAUCAUCACCCAGCAAAAACCAUCACAGAUGGCAACACAGGGGCCCCCUCAACCACUCGUGUCACAAGAGGCUCCUCAACCAAUCACAGUUAAAGAGUCUCAUCAACCAAUCACGGUUAAAGAGUCUCAUCAACCAAUCACGGUUAAAGAGAUUCCUCAACCAAUCACGGUUAAAGAGUCUCCUCAACCAAUCGUGGUCUUAGACGUCCCUCGGCCACCCAUAGAUCAGGACUCGCAGAGUCCUCUUCCUGAGUCCCAGAGCUCCUCUGUCCACUCGGAGGUGGUGCCCACCAGCCCUGUUGUGAUCCAUCGAGCUUGCAGCUCUCCGGUCCAAGUGCAGCGGUCUCAGCAAUCCGUCGCGCUGUCCCGUCUCCCAAGUCCGCCGCCCACACCACCCCAUAGCCAAGAUCCACAGAGCCAGGAGUGUAGCCCCAAGUUGGAGAGGCGAGGUCAUUACGACCGCAACGGCCCAAUCGUACAGCCGCGAGGAAGCAGGAACACGGCCAAGUCCAGGGCCUUGUCCAUAGAGGCUGCCAAGAAAGAGUGGGCGGAGCACCAGCGUACGUCGGAAUUUGAUAAGAUGCUCCAAGAGGCGCAGGCCACCAUGAUGAUGUCUAUCCCAAGCCUGGAGGUAGCAGGCAAAGAGGAGGGGCCAAAAGCCACCCCCCUCCCAUCACAAGAGAAAACAGACACGCCCCAAUCAGUGUCUUCACCGGCAGAUGAGGCUACACCUCUGGAGCCCGCGGUCGAGACGCCCCCAGAGACUCGGGGAGCUCAGACGCCAAGCAAGUCCCCCCCGCCCCCCCCACCCAGACGAAGUCACCCCCCCAGCACUGGUCUAACCACGGGGCGAUCGGGGGAGGUCAUCUACACCACCAGGAAGGAGUCCACCACGACUCCAGGAGCGAUAGAGGACGCAUCACCGCCACCGGUCCCCAAACUCAACAAGACCCCCCCGCCACCCCUGACCCCCCCUCCCAUUGUGGCCUCUGCCAUCAAAGAGGAGGAAGACGACGGUGACAGGAUCAUGGCCGAACUGCAGGUCUUCCAGAAGUGCACAGUUAAGGAUGUAGGGGCCAAGUGUUUGGCUGAGCCCCGAGUCAGAGAUCAGUGGGCUGGGGGCACCAUGCCACCUGGAGAGAGAAAGAAUGUGGGGCUCCAGUGCAAGGAGAAGGAACCGGAAACCAACGAAAGCGUCCCGGCUCGACAUGCUCCAAGGGUACUGUAUUACGUCACAGGACAGAUAUCCAAUCAGCCGCCUUCGCCGGGAGCAGAUGAGCCAAUCAGUCGGAGAGAAGGAGCAGCCCCCGCCUCUCAGGUUCAGAGUGCAAAUGCUUACAGAACCUCCCCAGGGGUACGGCAGUCGGCCACUGCAGCAGAGCCACUGACCGAAAACUGCGGAGCCCAGGAGGACCCAAUUCCAGACAGUCAUGUUCCAAGAGGAGGGGUGGCCGAAAAUAUGCCUGUUCAAAAUGUUGCCGACAAGGUGCUAGCGCCCAUACAUGUCCAGGAAGGUGUUCCGUGGGCAGGUGCCAAGGUAGUUAGGGAGAAGCUCACGGUGGACCAAAAUGCUUCUGAUAUUCUGGAUGUAGCUGCUGCUGAAGACCAGGCAGUAGUGUUACGGUCACCCAAAGCUAGGGUAAGGCUCGCUGACGAGGCUUCCAUGAGCCCUGCACCCCCUAGCGAGGAAUCUUCACCCGCCUCUGACAACAUCGCCUUCAUGAUCACCGACACCGAAGUCCAGGCUCUCUCGUGUGGGGAGUAUGAGAAGAUUGUUAACACGAAAGGAGGAAACGUUCAGACGAUCAAGGUGGGUGAGAGCCGGGAGAUGACCGCCGAGGAAGAGAGUGGGCUCGGGAAGAAACCAGUCAUCAUCAUAUUCGACGAGCCCAUGGACAUCCGGGCAGCCUACAACCGGCUCUCUACGAUAUUUGAGUGCGAGGAGGAACUAGACAGGAUGUUGGAUGAUCACAAGAACACAAAGAUGGCAGACGAACUGGAAAGACGUGUUGUCCAGGUAAAAUCCUGUGUAGAUGAAGUGCAAGGUACCACUCAGGCAGCACACCCCCCGAACUAUCGAGGGUCACUCAAAGUCACUGCGAAUAGUCACAGCCCACCUGGGGAGCCAUCAGCGUCAGCUGAUGAGCUGGAUGCUGAGCCAGUGAACGACAGCAAGCUGGACCUCAAGAAGAAAUUCAAGCUCAAGUUCCCCAAAAAGAAGCUGUCUGCCCUCAGCCAAGCCAUCCGCACGGGUACGAAGACAGGCAAGAAAACGCUUCAGGUGGUGGUUUACGAAGAUGAGGAAGAGCCAGAUGGGACAGUGAAGCAGUUUAAGGAAGCCAAGAGAUUUGAAAUUGGCUGCAAAACGGUCCAAGAAGACCGUAGCACAACCAUAACCAGCUCUGUGAGGACAGAGGAACGUCAGCUGACCUCGUCCAGUUUCCAACACCGGAUGGAUGGAAGUGAGCAGAAAACAUCCACACGGACUGAUCUCCAGCAACAGGAGACAUCCGUAAGUGGACUGAGUCCCAAAGCAGCUGAUGGGCCAGGCGUAGAAGAACUCAAAACCUGUUUGGUUCCGUCAAAAGACCCUGUAAUCAAAGAUGGGGGACAACAGGGGGAAGGAGGAGUCCCUCUGAGCUGCCAGGUUCCUAAAGCUCCACGCCACAAGCGGCCCAAACCGCAGCUUCAUCCGCGGCCAGCGGUCAUUCCUCGCAGUGCCACCCACAGCCAGCAGAACGGUUCCCCCUCCGCGAGUCGGACGCAGGCAACCAACAACGGCAAGCAUCGCACGCAGCCCACUGUGGCAGAGAAAGCAGGGAAACCACAAGCGCUUCAGGACCCUCAGAGGCAGUUCCGACAGGCUAAUGGAGGUGCUAAGGACACUAAAGCCCCCUCCCCAGCUUUCCCCGCCUCUAAGAUCCCUGCCUUUUGCCCUAGCUCUGGAAAAAGCAGCCCUCCAUCCACUGCCGACUCCGAGGCCACUAACCUAAAUCCCUCCCCUUCCUCCUCCAAAUCAUCCCUCCCUCCCCCACAAGCCCACCGAUCCCUCUCUUCCAUUCCAUCCCCCUGCAAUGGCUCGCUUCAUCUCUCAAGCCCCUCCCUCUCAUCGCAGAGCCAAAAUGGCCGCCUGCCUUGCUCUCCCUCCCCAGUUUCCCCUCCUUCCCUGGGUCAGGGAGGCAGGACCAUCAGAACCAUACACACGCCCAGCUUCACCAGCUACAAGCUUCAGACUGGCAAUGGCAGCAAACCCACCUUAGCACCUGCUUCCACUUCCAAGACCAUGGUGUGAUGUCUGGGUAUCUGUCUGCUUCCUUCUUGCUUACAAAAUGUGUUCAGCGCCUCACAAAAAGUGCACACACUUCUGCACACACACACACAUAAAGUAACCUCUGUGGCCUUUUAUGAAAUUUAGUACAGUUUAUACAACUAAACAUGGAUAGUAAAGGAACAAUGUAAAUGUAAUGAAUUCCAGUGAAUUUAUCCUCCAUUGAAGAGCACAUUUGCAAAACUCACUCGGACCAUUUUUUGUUGUUUUUAAGAGACUGCCAAUGACCUCAACUAAAACCUAAAGCUUCGUAAUCAUAUGUUACAGUUCUGGGAGCCAAAACUCACUCAGUCCUCAUGUCAUCCGGCACGGAACUUUUCUAAAAUUUCUGAAACUCACUGAAGCCCACAGAGUUAUUCUUGAAAACGUUUCCUGUAGACCGAGUGCGUUUUGCAAAUUUGCUCUUCGGUCGUGAGACUCCUGGCUUUACUAGAUGACGUCAGCGAUCAAUUUCCAAUAAAAGAAUGUAUAAGGGGUUUGGGAAAACUUUAUUAAGGAAGGUACCCGGAAGAAUAGGGUCAUUUGAGCUUAUAUCCCUGAGCUGACGGACGUCUUUGCAGUAUUAGUGCGUUUGAGGAGCUUCACACAAAUUUUGUGUUGUAUUUUAGUUUCCGUCAGAAACCGAUGCACUGCCCCCACACUCAGAAAAAAGGUGUCCUUGUAAUUCUACCUUUCAAGGUAGAGAAAUGGACUCUGAGGAACAUCCAAAAGGUACUACUGGCAGACCAUUGAGGGUUCAGGGUACAAAUGUUUACCCUUCUUUCUGAGAGUGCAUAUUGUAACAGACUAAAUCCAAUGCUGGCAACAGGUUUUAAGAUAAAUCACCCAUUAAAACUUAUUUGGCAGCUGAAGUCCUUGGAUAUUAAUUUCAAAAUGAAUUUCAGAAGCCUAGGAUUUGCUUGUUACUUCAGGUAACGUUUAUUAUCUUUAAAGCAAGACAGAGACUUACACGCCAGUGCGAGUGUAUACAGCUGCAUCGGAACCAUGACAGUCCAGUUACACCAAAGCUUAUUUCACUGCAUGUUUUAUAUCCCAUGACUGCGAUCUGAGUCGAAGAGCCGUUUCCAGUGUGGAGAGAGAUUUUGUAAAUAGUCUUUCAACUUUGUAAAGCUUUACAUCAUACUGUACAAAAAGCACUAUGGAAAGAGACAAUAAAGGGCUUCCUGCUUGCAAA